AUGUCAACAUAUCGACAUGUCUUCUUGAUAUUUCUAAUUGGGUCGAUUUAUGCUGAAGAAUGUGUUGAUUUGAUUAAUAAUUGUGCUGAUUUGGCAAAUAUCUGCUCUGAAAGUAUAUUGGCUUAUAAUCUUGAUCAACUUAGCGACCUUAGUGAUCAAAUUAAUAGGUAAUUUGAUUUUAAAAAAUUUCUCUGAACAAUAUUUAAAAUUUUUCCAGUUCAUCAAUUCCCGAUCUUUCAAAUGAUCCAUCAUCAACAUCAGCUUCUGCAACAGUAACUUCACUUUCAGAUGAUCAGAAACUUCAGGAAUCUUUGCCACUUUUGAAAGAAUCACUUCCACUGAUCCGAGAAUCUUUGCCACUUCUUCGAGAAUCUCUACCGCUGAUUAGACAGAUUUUGAACCCACUAUCAGACCAGACAACAUGCCAGAAGAAGACAGUAUGCAAAUGUGAGUUGCAUCAACUUCCUUGAAGUGAAUGUUUUAAAUUUUCAGCUUGCAAAACAUGUCCGGAACUUCGAGAUUCAAUAGUGACAUUUGUAGAAACAUUGUGUCCAAACACUUGCAAAACAAGUUGUUCAGGAAGUUUGGAUACAUCAACAAGUAGCUUGGUUGCAUUCUUUUCGUAG